AUGUCACAUCGACAAGACGAUCAAAGAAUCAACCAUGUUGUUCAUCAAAUCAUCAAGAAUAAUUCGAACAAGAGCUUGCAGAAACUUAAGAGAGAAAAUGAAAGUAAAAUAAUUAAAUCAAUUAAGUUGAAGCACAGAGCUCAAUUUUUAGACAUAUUAUCAAAGAGAGAUCACUACAUCAACAAACUCAAUAAGUUCGUAGAUGAAUGUAUUGAUGAGAAUAUUGAUACUACUAAAGCUAUUAGUAUUCCAAUAAAUAAUUAUAAGGGCCCAGAUCCUGCUCAUAUUACCAAUUUGCACCAUGCUAAGGCUUAUGUUGAAGAGCAGAUAGCUAAAGACCACAAAAUGGUAACAAAGAUACAAGGUUUGAUAUCAAAACACUUUCAGUUCCAAAAUGAAUAUGAAUACAAGCGAAGAGCCAUUUCGGAUAAGAGGAUUCUUCAACGGGUUCCUUUGAAGCUUGAUAAACUACUGAGAGUAAAUGAUAAAGUUUUGCAGGAAAAUGAAUUGCAGAGACAAAAUGAAAUGCAGAAAGAAUUAAAUGAUUUUGACAGACAAAUUAUGAAAGCAUCCAAGAAGUUAUAUCAAGAAUCAUUGGAAUUACUUAAGUUAUGGAACGUCCCGUUUUUUUGCAUGUUGGAAAACUUAGAAUAUCCUGAUUGUGAAAGAGAUAAGGUUGAUCUUUUAAAUUACAUGGUUGAACUUUUCAACCCUACAAGACUGAAUUGA